AUUUGAAUCGCGGCGGCGGGUGGGGCGGGGCAGGGCAGCAGCGCGGUGCCCGCCGCCAUGGGGGUCUCCGGUAGCGCCCCGGUCGCCCCCCACAACAAGCACCUGGCGCACGUCAGCGACCCCCGCUCCCCCAGCGCCGGCAUCUUCCGCACCCCCAUCGAGGUGGUGAGUUCCCCGGCGGGCAGCCCUCAGCCCGGUGCCGCCGAACCGGUGGCGGGGAGCAGGCAGGCCCAGGACCCGCGGUCGCCCGCGCCCGGUGUCUCCCACACGCCCAGGAGAGCCGUGUCGAGUGAGAGCCUGGACCGCCUGGUGAGGCAGCUCAACGAGGCCUUCGGGGCCGAGACUGCGGCCCAGGAGCCGGGACCGGCCUGUCCCGACGAGGAGCCGGUAGUGGAAGAACCGGCCCGGCGGAGCUCCCCAGCCGCCGCCGCCCCGGGGGAAGAAGCGGAGAGGCCGCCCUCUCCCAGCGCAGCCCCGGCUCGGCCAGCCCGCCUUGCCGGGCCUGGCUUCUCCUCGGGGAGCAAGCCCGUAAGACGCAAGACCAAUAACAAAAUCAUGACAACAUCUGGUGGAAGUGGCCGCUCUCCCCUCAGCAUCCUACAAGAUGAUAACUCCCCCAGUGCUCCUGCCCCUCGCCAGGGUAAGAGGCAUGUGUUGGGAGAGAACCUUGGGGAGAAGAAGGAAGUGACGGUGGAUCUGAGCAGGAGCCUCAAAUCUGGGAACUGUGCUUGGAGAGACUUGAACAAAGAGAACCAACGGUGUCCUUUUGUGGAGAACUAGAGAUUUCCUUUUCCAGAAUCUUGCUGUAAUUUACUUCUAUGUUUUAAGAGUCUUCUAGGAGUGAGAAACCCCACAAUAGACUGAAACUUGACUUGUGGUCACUCUUCUCACCUAUCCAUGUUGAGGAAAAGGGAAAGAGCACACACUCUCUCUCCUAGCUUUGCAUGUCUUAUGUACAGUACAGACUCUAGCUCUUCUGUUGUAUAUUAGCUGUGUUGACUUACUGUAGAGUUUUUAUCUGUAGCAAAUAAAUUUGCAUUAAAUUUUU